AUGUCCGGCCGAGAGGGAGACCGUCCGAACUCUGCCUUUCCCCGCGAGCAGCUCAAUAAAGACCUCCAAAAGCUGGUCGACAAGCAAGAUGACUGGAUGGACAGCUUUUACGAGGGGGAAGGGCCGGACACCACCGACACGAGCGUGCGAUAUGCCGCAUAUGCAAACCGGCUGCGGACCAUCAUGUUGAGUGCCCAUCGAUACGUUGCGUAUACUUCAGACAUUGGCGAGUCCUUUCGCCCCGUCGCCCAUCCGAUCAUGGUCAGAAGUGCAUACGCCGUCUCGUGGGCAUAUGUGCUCGGCGAUGUUGGGCACGAGGGGUGGAAGGCAUACAAGAGGAACCAGAGGCUGCUGCAUCCUCAAGCUGAAGAGGGCUCGGACGACAAACCAACGGAACCCAUGGGCAAGGUCGACGCCGAGGCACUCCAACAUCCCGUUCACAUCCCUGCGAUUGAAGACUAUAGGGCCGUGAUGGCUCAACGAGCAAUCUUCCAAAGUCUCGCUUCGAUGGGACUGCCGGCAUUUACCAUCCACUCGGUCGUGAAGUAUUCGGGGAAGGCGCUCAAGAGUGCGGCAAAUCCAGCCAUAAGAACAUGGGGCCCGAUCGGACUCGGUCUCGCGGUAGUCCCGGCACUGCCAUAUCUCUUUGACAAACCGGUGGAAGAGGCUGUCGAGUGGACGUUCUACCAGGCCUUCCGGGCCAUCGGCGGAGAGAACGCAGUGGGCAACCGACACAGCACCGGGAGGAAGGAGGCAUUGCAGGCCGAAGCAAAGAUUGCCCGGGAAAAGAAGGACCUGUAA